AUGAUAGAGAUUCCGCAGUCAACUGAGGGUUUAACUAAGUUAUUGCGUUCCAAAGAUAUUAGCAUAGAAGAAAUUCUCGAAAUUGCAUCCAAACUCGAUGCUUUACAAUUUUAUUUCCCAAAUAAAGAAAUAUUCUUAUUAGAAUUAAUCCAGGAUAGGUGGAAUGAUCAAAAAUUGGUUGAAUUUAAAAGGAACUACAAAGUGUGGGAAUUAUACAAUCAUACAUGGGUCAAGAUUACAGAUCUAUCUGUCAAGAAGAAAUUGUUCAAGACCUUGAAGUUCGUUCCCUUUUUGAUGCAAACCUUACGCUUGUCUGAUUUACAAACUGUUCCUUUUCUCCAUGAAUUGAAGAAUAUGUGCACUUUAAUUAAUUCUACUUUAACUGUGGAUGUUUCCUUUGAGAAUGCAUGCAAGAUAUUAGCUGGAGUCCUAAAUUUGAUCAACAGUGUUUCCGAGAAAGAUUUAGAUGUGAAAGAAAGAAAUGACUUAAUUCUUCAGAUUAUUAAUCUGACAGAUUUAGAUUCCAUCACAGAUGUUACUACUAAGACAGCUAUUACUUAUCACACAUACCUGUUACUGCCCACUUUGAAUUAUAUGAGUAGAUUCCAUAAUGAAAUAAAUGAUGAACCAUCCGAAGCCUUAACAAGAUAUAUGCAACUUUUUCUAUUUGAUCAACAAUUAGAUCCAACAAAGCUUCUAGAAAAGUUUAUUAGAACAAAUAAAGAUUCCGUUACUAUGGAAGUUGCUAAUGAAUUAUUUCAAAAAUCAAUAUCCUUCUUAUCUAAACAAAAUUUCAAGCAAUUAGAGCUCAUUUUUACUUUAAUUAUGGAUGUGCAACCAUUAGCAGCUCCUAAUUUGUUACGUGAAUUAUCAUUAUCAAAGAAGACCAUGUCACAACAAUUUCUGGAAGAAUUAUUGGAUAAACAAAUGCAGAUUUCUGAAGCGAAUAAGUCAUACAAUUACGAUUUCUGGUCACUAUUAUCGCACAUUCUGGAUUUAGACAUUGAAAUUGGGAUUAAACAUAUGGACAGGCUGUUAGAUUUAAUAAUUCAACAAAGGGCGUCAAGCAUGGAAGAAACCAUUAUUAUAUGGACCAAAAUCAUUAAUUGUCAUGCAAAUGCUAGAGAAUUAUUACAAUUUUUGGAGAAACUACAAAAAUAUUGUAAGAAGGUGGGAACAACUUCCAUGUUCUUCAUCAGGGACAAAGAAUUCGCAAAUGAAAUUUCUAGAAACAUCCCUGGAUUGUCUAUUAGGCAAAUGGUAGUUUGGUUUGACAAUUUAUUCGAUAGUCUUCAACGUGACUCCACCGAAGUCGUUGAAUAUCAACUCCUGAAGACCUGUCUGCAAGGCUUGCCUCAUCUCUCAUACAUUAUUCUUCCUGAACUGAAAAAUGAAAUGCUAAAGAUAUUUAAUAUUCAACUAGACACCAACAUCAAACAAUGGGAAUUGAGGUACUUAAUCAUGGAGGUUUAUGACGAUAUUAUUCCCCAGAACGUGUUGGAAUCAUUAUCUUUGGAAGAUUUAGCGGCUCAAUUGUCACAGUCCUCUGAUCGUUUGGAGGUUUUCUAUUACUUCUUCAAGCUGAGGGAAUAUAAGGAGUUCGAUCUAACGCCAGUUAUUGGCAAAUUUAUGAGCUAUCUGGGAAGCCUCACAAAGGAUGAUAAAAGUUUAAUAAUCAUCAGUUUGUUUUCUAAUUGGAGCUCAUUAAUUAACGUAACUUUUUCCAGGGAGAAUAUUGAACAAUUAAUAGAUAUUUUACUGGCUUCUGAAGGCGCUAAGCACUUAGAUGCUCUAUUUUUCGAUGAUGACUUCUUUGAGGAGGAAAAUAUUAUUAAUGUUUUAGUUGAUAAAAUGGCAGAAUUAUAUGAAACAGAUAUUGCUCUUCAAUAUUUAACUAAAAUUCCUAUUCAAUCUUUUAAUAAGAAUGUCAGAGUCAGAUUAAUCAAUAACAUUUGCUCAAAAGAUACUGUUACAGACCUGGGUGUGAAAGUUCUAUUGCAUUUAUUAUCAAGUCCAACAUUUAAAUCCAAUGUUGAAAAUGAUCCAACUUUGUUAUAUAGUCUGCUUUCCCAUGCAUCAUUAAGCACAUUACUUUCUAUUAAUUCUGUUUUUGAAAAGAUUUGGGUAAAUCAUGUUUCACAGUACAAAGAGGAUGUUUCUCAAACUUUCUUUGACUCUGUUUUGAAACUUGUUACAAAGGGACUAGAAGAGGAAAAUUUCAAUAAAACGUAUUUUGAUAUGGCAUUCAUGAUAAUAAAAUUUACAAAAAAGGACGUUGAUAUCAACACUUUGAGUGAAACCUACUUCCAGAGGACUUUACAUAAAGUUAACGAACUUGUGGAUAAUUCUAACGGAAAUGAUCUCUUAUCCAGUUUACUGAAGUCACUAUAUCUAAUCUUUAGAGAAUCUCUUCGUAAGGAAAACUUUAAACAGAGCGUGCUUGAAAUUAUUUCCAGACUAAUGGGAAACUAUAAAGGUGCUGUCUCAGAUAUCGAUACCACAUUACUUUCAAAUAUCUUCCUGUUAUACUCAGUCUUUUAUGAAGGUAAAUUGGAGUACAUCAUUGCACAUUAUAUGGUGUUGAGAGAAGUAGGAACUGAUAAACAAGUGAUUCUACCAGGUUUGGAAGAUGCUAUUGUGAGAAGUUUGGAAGAGAAUAUGUCAGAUUUUAAUGGUUCAUUAAUUUCUACAAUAAAUGCAUUAAAUGAUGGUAAAACGCCUUUUACGCAGAGUUUAUUGGAGAUUUAUAAUACCCAAAUUAAAAUGAUCUCAAAAACAAAUGUAAUUGCAAUUCAUUUAUUCGUGAAGUCAAUAAGUUCCCUGUAUACCAACUUGAAAUAUUUCGUGGAAAAUACUGAGAUUAUCCUUGGUAUAUUUGAUACCCUAAGAGAUUUACUGAUUUCUAAGCCUUGGAUGUUUUCCCAGUAUUGCAUUGAACAAUUGUUCCCGUUGUGCAUACUGUUGAAUUCACUAGUCAUGAAAAAUUCAGAUGUGAUUGAAAAAGUGUUUACUUCUUGCACUAAGCUUAUCUCAAAUGUUCUUUUAAUACAUCGUGUAAAAUUGACGAACCGUCAUCACCUCGUCAAUUCAUUCCUUUGUCAAUAUCUCGAAUUUUUAUCACAUUCAAGAGAGAAUAAAUUAGCAUCACCAGCAGCAAAAUCUCUUUCUAGAUUAAUUGUGAACUUUGCUGAACCAGCUAAUAUCUCUACAUCUCAAGAAAAUCACAAACAUAAACUAAAUUCCAAAAUCAACAUGGCAAAGCAUUCUUUGAGAAAGCAUAUCCCUAUUUUACUGGUUAAAUACAUUCAUUUAUCCGUUCAUACUCCAUUCGAAGAAUCGAUUAGAAAAGAAUUGCUAGCUGCCACUUAUUCAAUCUUUGAUCUACUUUCUCCUAUUGAAUUGAACACGAUCAAUGGAAUGUUGGAUAACACAGGAAAUCAGUAUUUCAAGUCUUUAUAUGCUGAAUAUAAAAAGAGAGGAAGAUGGAAUGAAGAUUAG